UCUCUCUCUCUCUCUCUCUCUCUCUCUCUCAUGAAACAGACUGGGCUUGGGUUUGGGAACCCUCAUGGCAAGACCACUCAAGGUACAACCCAUCGAAGCACCUCCAAAACACUCUUGCUCAUUACCCUAACCCUAAUCAUCCUCACUGUAAUCCCUCUCUAUUUCCCUUUCAACAAAUUCCCAUCUCUAUCUUCCUCCAACCAUUCCUCCUCCGCCUCGCGGGACACUAUCUCGCCGGCGAACCACCCCCAUGACCAACUCAUCACCAUCGACGAUAACCACCACAAAUGCGACGUGUUUUCCGGCGAGUGGGUACCAAACCCUAAUGCUCCUUACUACCAUAACACCACGUGUUGGGCAAUCCAUGAACACCAAAACUGCCAGAAAUAUGGGCGACCCGAUUCAGAUUACAUGAAGUGGAAAUGGAAACCAGAUGAAUGUGAUCUUCCCGUUUUUAAUCCUUAUCAGUUCUUGGAAAUCGUGAGAGAUAAAGCUUUGGCGUUUGUGGGUGAUUCUGUUGGCAGGAAUCAUAUGCAAUCUUUGAUUUGCAUGUUGUCCAGGGUUGAAUAUCCGAUUGAUGUUUCUACCACAAAAGAUGAAAAUUUCAAACGUUGGUACUACGAAUCAUACAACUUCACCCUCGCCACAUAUUGGUCACCAUUUUUGGUAAAGUUCAAAGAGCCUAAUACUGAUGACCCAACUCUAGCUGGCAUCUUCAGUCUCUACCUAGACGAAUUUGACAAUGCUUGGACCAAUCACAUUGACGAUUUCAAUUACCUAAUCAUAAAUGGAGGACAUUGGUUCUCACGACCCUCGCUCUAUUAUGAGAAAGGCCAGAUAAUUGGUUGUAAGUAUUGUCAGAAAGACAACAUCACUGAUUACCCAAUGACAUUUGGGUAUCACAGAGCGUUUCGUACAGCGUACAAAGCAAUUAUGAGUAGAAAAAACUUUAAGGGCGUAGCAAUGUUACGCACUUUUGCACCAACACAUUUCGAGGGUGGGGAUUGGAACAAAGGGGGAGAUUGCCCUAGGAAAAAACCAUUUAAGAGCAAUGAAAUAAGGUUAGAAGGUUCAAAUUUGGAAAUGUAUUUAUCCCAAAUGGAAGAAUUUAAAUGGGCCGAAAAGAAGGCCAAGGAUAAUGGGCUUAAACUUAGGCUUUUGGAUAUAACACAACCCAUGUUGUUAAGGCCCGAUGGACACCCUAGUAAAUUUGGACAUUGGCCCAAUGAGAACGUGGCUUUGUAUAAUGACUGUGUGCAUUGGUGUCUACCUGGACCCAUUGACACGUGGAGCGAUUUUCUGCUUCAUAUGUUGAAGAUGGAGGGUAGGAGAUCAGCCGAAGGGAAGCUUUAUUCUAAACUCAUCAAAGUAUAA